GCCCAAUCCAACAUUCAAUCCAAUCAGUUUCUUCAAUUAGCUUUGCUUAAUGAUGGCGAUGGCGAUGGCAAUGUCAGAUGGAGGAGGCAAUUUGCUGCCUGCCUGCUAAUGUCUCAAAUCCCUAAUCUGAUCGCCCCAUGAACACGACACUGCUACUCGUCGUUAUCCAUUCAAGGCCGCCCCCAAUUUUCCUGUCCACCGAUUUACCCAAUUUAUACCAUCAUCGACGAGGAUAUUUCUCUCACCUUCCGUCUCCUUCGCUUGAUUUUGUUCAAUCUUCCCAUAAUUAUCUGGGCACGAAAUAUCCGCGGACGGUUGUCGAUCCGGAAUUUUAACGCUAGGUUUAGAACUUUCGAGGUUUUGAAGGGUGGAGAAGAUGGAUGAAAGUAGGGAUUUCAUAGAAUGGGUUGGACAGGACAUGUCUGUGAAUAUCCUCAAUUGUUUGGAAGAUCCUUCUGAUCUCGUUCGUGCAAGUGCUGUUUCUCGUUCAUGGCGCCAUUUUGUGAUCUCUAAUGGAUUGUCGAAGGGUAUGUGUCUGAGGAUGUUCCCGGAAACCUCAAUGUUUACUCGCGUUAUUGAAGUUAAAAACAUGUUCAAACCUGUGGUAGCAGAGGUUGAUGAUUCUUCUGAAUCGGCGCGUCUGCAGAGGGAACAUAGAGCCUUUUCGUACUUAAUCAGAUGUUUAACAGUUUUCAGCGAAGAAAAUUGCAUAUCAAAUGCUCUUUUUGCAUCGAGUACAGAUAACUAUCCCGAAGAAAGCGUCAAGAAUACUCUGCAGCCGAGCGACAGGCUCGACAACAGGGCAUCAUAUUGGUCGAGCAAGGGCGCAGCUAACCCUGCUGCCCCCGAGACGUUGCUUUAUAGAUUGGCUUCACAGCUGUGCCUGAUUACCGAAGUUCACGUGCAUCCGUUUCAAGCGUAUUUUCAAAUUGGUUUCCCGAUAUAUUCAGCCAAGGCAGUGAGGUUUCGGAUGGGCCACGCCAAGGUUAAUUUAGACAUAGAGAGUGAAGUUGGAAUAGGGUUUCUGGAUGUUCAAGAUUUUUCCGACGACAAGUUUGUAUGGACCUAUUGUUCCCCGGAGUUUCCGAUGGCUCAGGAUAACUCUUUGCAAAAGUUUAAGCUGCCGGAACCGAUACUUUGCAUCGGUGGAAUCCUGAAAGUCGAGCUGUUAGGCCGCGUCCAAACGCAAGAAAUGGAUGGGCUGUACUACAUAUGCAUCAAUCAUGUCCAAGUCGUCGGCAGGCCACUCUAUCCGGUGUUUGAUGUCGAAAUGAUCAAUGAAAAGGGACAUUGUGCGCUGAAAUACACCCCGGAAAGCACCUUCAACCUGUCGUCGCCUGCACAACUGUUGGAGGCUGGCCCGAGUAGCUGGUCGCAUUUGCAAAGGUUCAGCGAAAGUAUUCGGACUUGGGAGCAAAUGAUCCUCAACACUUUCCGGGGUGCCGGCCCUCUGAUGAUCGACGACUAUGACUCUGAUUACGAGUUGCUCGAUUAGCUGCUGCCGGUAUGUUUUUUUUUUUUUUCUUUUGGUUAGCGGCAAAUUUUGUUCGGUUCUGUUAUAAUUUCCGGUGUUUCUAACUGAAGUCGGCCCGGCCGGAAGUUUUCCCGCCUUUUUUCCACUUUCUUUUUUCUUUCUUUCUUUUUAAGGGUUGGAGAGUGAAUGAUCUGAUAGAAAGGUUUCGUGAUAUUGUAGAUAACUGAAACUUCCCUCAAAUGAAAUGAAAUCCAAAUUCUGCUGCUCUUUA